UUUGUAAGAAUAAUAUAAUAAAAAUCGUUUGCGCGGUCUCCGCGUUUGAAUUUUAUUCUCUACUUUAACGAGUCAAUCGUCGCCAUGUCCAUAUUAUAUGUAUUGUAUAGAGAGUAAACAACACUCACUCUCUCUCUCUCUCUCUCUCUCUCUCUCUCUCUCUCUCUCUCUCUCGCCAUUGAAUUUGAAACCCUAAUCGACCACUUCAAUUUCAGUCCCCGUACAGCACACACACAACAUGAAGACCAAGACGCCACUGAAGCAACUCAAGCUCUCUGUUCCCGCUCAAGAAAUUCCCAUCUCCUCUUUCUUAACGGCAAGUGGUACAUUUCAUGAUGGCGAUCUGCUAUUAAAUCAGAAGGGUUUGCGGCUUAUAUCUGAAGAAAAGGAACCUCGCCCUGCUGACAGUAAGGAGCUUGAUAUUGAAUUUUCAUUGGAAGAUCUUGAGACUAUGAAAGUCAUUGGUAAGGGAAGCGGUGGGGUGGUACAGCUUGUGCGUCAUAAAUGGCUUGGAAAGCUAUUUGCCCUGAAGGUCAUCCAGAUGAACAUUCAAGAAGAGAUUCGUAAACAGAUUGUGCAAGAACUGAAAAUAAACCAGGCAGCACAAUGUUCUCAUGUGGUGGUUUGUUACCACUCUUUCUAUCACAAUGGAGCUAUUUCUCUUGUACUAGAAUACAUGGAUCGUGGAUCUCUGGCAGAUGUCAUUAGACAAGUUAAAACAAUUCUUGAACCUUAUCUCGCAGUUGUUUGUAAGCAGGUUCUGCAGGGUCUCGUGUACUUGCAUAAUGAAAGACAUGUAAUACACAGAGACAUAAAACCUUCCAAUCUGCUAGUAAACCACAAAGGUGAGGUGAAAAUUACUGAUUUUGGUGUCAGUGCAUCACUUGCUAGCUCUAUGGGCCAAAGGGAUACAUUUGUGGGUACUUACAACUAUAUGUCGCCGGAGAGAAUUAGUGGGAGUACUUACGACUAUAGCAGCGAUAUUUGGAGUUUGGGUUUGGUUGUACUUGAGUGUGCUAUAGGACGAUUUCCUUAUAUGCAAUCUGAAGAUCAACAAAGUUGGCCAAGCUUCUAUGAGCUUUUGGAGGCAAUUGUGGAAAGCCCACCACCCUCCGCUCCACCAGAUCAGUUCUCCCCAGAGUUCUGUUCAUUUGUAUCUGCCUGCAUUCAGAAGGACCCGGGGAACAGAGCAUCGUCAUUGGAUCUUUUGAGUCACCCUUUCAUCAAGAAGUUUGAAGAUAAAGAUAUCGACCUUGGAAUUCUGGUUGGUAGCUUGGAACCUCCUGUAAAUUUCACCCGAUAGAUUGUCUUGUAUUGUUAAUAAUUUCAGAGAGCAUGUUUUCUUCUCAUAUGUAAUAUUCUCCAGUUUUGGUCAACAUUACAACAAUUUUCUUCUAGUAACCAAGCAAAUAUUGAUAUAGUUUGUUUGUUAUGAUGCUUUUUAAGUUCAGUUGCUCAAUACAAAACCCCCUCAACUGGCCUGGACA